AGAGAGAGAUUAGUGUUAAUGGAGCUUGAAGCUAUGGCGCUCUACAAAGUCCCCCAAGUGAGCUGGAGUGGUUGUGACUUUGUUGCUAAUAAUAACCAAUUCCCACUCGAGUUUCAAUGCCCAAAUUUCCCAGAAUUUGAAGCCUGCAGUUAUUAUCCACCACCUCAUCAUCAUCACCAAUGGCUUCCAAACUCUCCUCCUGCCGACCACGUUGUUGUUGCAGAAGAAGAAGACGAGGUUGCUGGUCCGACAAGACAGCUGCACCGGAGAAGCAACGCUCAAACUAACCGCCGCCAACAAAUCAAUGACAAUCUUUCCUAUCUCCAUAGCCUGUUACCAGAAUCUUAUAUCCAAAAGGGUGAUGAAGCAUCAAUCCUAGGUGGAGCAAUAAACUAUGUGAAAGAGCUAGAAGAAGAGCUGCAACUCCUGUGUGCCAAGAAUAGCACUGCAAAUCUUCUUCAAGAUGCGAAUAUUGGUGCAAGUGAUGGUUGCCGUGGAUAUGAAUUGUCAACGCCGUGUGGCGAUCACAUACAAGUCACGAUGGGUGGCGAAAACCAUAAUAAUGUUGAGCUUAAGCUACACUCCAAAUGGCGACCAAAGCUGCUUCCCAGAUUCAUUUCUCAGAUUGAAACCCUCAUGCUAACUGUCCUUCACUUCAACCUAUCAAGGACUGAUCAAUUUCUUCUCUGCUCUCUUAGCCUCAAGGUGGAAGAUGGCUCCAAGUUCACCUCUGUGAAGAGAAUUGCAACUGUUGCGAAUCGAAUUUUGGCUCGGAUUCAAGAAGAGGAUGAGAGAGUUUAAUUUAGCUAGUAAUUUUUUUUUUUUUCUUUUUCUAUGCAAGAAAGUCUUGUUAUUUCAAUAUUAUUAAUUAUUAAUGUGAUUAGGAGAUUAAUUGAACGCUCAAAAUAUUACUUUCGCAACAAACUAGUUUUGUGCCCGUCAUUGCUCUGAAUUUUGAUCUUGUUUGUAAUAA